UCUCUCUCUCUCUCUCUCUCUCUCUCUCUCUCUCUCUCUCUCUCUCUCUCUCUCUCCACUAAUGCGCACGUUAGCUGUCUCCAUUAAUAAUACACACACACACCAUGCAUUUAUAUUCACUUCCCUUUUCAAUUCAAUGCUCUGCUUCACUAGUUAACCUACACCCCCUGUAAACACACACUAAUUACACACACCUAUACACACAUUUUUUGUAUGUAUAUACUGUACUUAUGCUCCUGCUACUACUGCAGCUGCAGCCUAUACACUGAUCAUCUCUUCAAUUCAUUUAUUUAUUAGAUCCACAACUACCUACCUAUACUUACAUUUUUCUGUGUCUAUAUACAGCGUUUACCGCACAAUUUAAAUCUACGAGAUUUGAGAUUGUGAUUGGGAUUGAAGUUGAGAUUUCGGUGAUUAAUUGAAUUGUGGAACGACGUCGUUCUGAGGGAUCGUGAAACGGUUGUUUUUGAUCGGAACGACGUCGUGUUUGGGAGAUGAAUCCGUUGUGCUGCAUUGCGCCGGUUUCGAUUGAUCGGGAUCGGAGUGAUAAUCCGGUAGUGGGGAAGGCGCAAUCGCAAUUAGGAUUCGAGAGGAAUGUGAGGCUAGGGAUGAAUCAGGUUUCGUCGAUUAGUGGUGUGGAGUUUAGUGAGGCGAAUUGCGAGAUUGAGGAGAGUGAGGGGGGGAGGGAGAGUGGGAAGAGUGUGGGAGGGAUUUUGUAUAAGUGGGUGAAUUAUGGCAAGGGGUGGAGGCCUAGGUGGUUUGUGUUGAGUGAGGAUGGAGUGUUGUCGUAUUAUAAAAUUCACGGGCCGGAUAAAAUUUGUGUGAUGGGGAGUCGGAGGGGAGGAAAAGGGGGUGUUAAGGUGAUUGGGGAUGAUUCUUUGAGGUAUGUGAAGAGGAAAGCUAGUGAGAGUUAUAGAAUCGGGAGUGGGUUUGGUGGUCCUGGUGGUGGUGGGAAUAAGCAGUGGAAACCGUUUGGGGAGAUACAUUUGAAGGUUUCUUCAGUGCGUGCUAGUAAGUCUGAUGAUAAAAGGUUGACUAUAUUUACCGGAACCAAAACUCUACAUUUACGUUGUGUAUCUAGAGAGGAUAGAGCUUCAUGGAUUGAAGCUCUUUUGGCUGCUAAAGGUCAGUUUCCUAGACUGCUGACAAGCAGUGAUUUAGCACCUUCUGAAGAUAUUGUUGUUUCUACGGAGAAGCUACGAACAAGAUUAGUGCAGGAAGACAUUGGUGAGGCUGUCAUUAAAGAUUGUGAGUCUAUUAUGCUCAAUGAAGUAUCAGUGCUACAGAAUCAGUUAAAGGAUCUUCAACUUAAGCAUAUUUUGCUGCUUGAUACGCUCAGGCAACUAGAGACCGAAAAAAUUGAGCUGGAGACGACUGUAAUUGAUGAAACCAAGGAACGAGAUUCAUGCUGUGGACAGGGGAACAGAAGAUUUAGUGAUUUUUAUUCAAUCAUGUCAGAGGGCAGUGCCAGUGAUUCUGAUGUAGAUAACGAAAGUCGAUAUGGAGUUGAUGUCGAAACAGAUGAAGAGGAUGGGACCUAUUUUGAUACCAAUGACUUUUUGUCCUCCGAAUCUCUUAGAAGUGCUUCUUAUCGAAGUAGAGAUAGUAGAGGGAAUGGUUGUAUUUCUAUGACAUGUGAAGCAGAGUCUUUCUUUUCUGACCGCUUGAGAGAUGUUGGACCAAUUAAGGCUAUAGAUUAUCCCUACAUAAAAAGAAGGGACAAUUUGCCAGAACCAAAGGAAAAAGAGAAGCCAGUUGGUCUGUGGUCAAUAAUCAAGGAUAAUAUUGGAAAGGACCUGUCUGGAGUUUGCCUCCCUGUUUACUUUAAUGAGCCCCUUUCUUCACUGCAAAAAUGCUUUGAAGAUUUGGAGUACUCUUAUUUGGUUGAUCGGGCGCUGGAAUGGGGAAAGCAGGGUAAUGAGUUGAUGAGAGUUCUUAAUGUUGCUGCGUUUGCUGUAUCUGGUUAUGCUUCAACUGAAGGUCGGCAGUGCAAACCCUUCAAUCCUCUUCUUGGGGAGACCUAUGAGGCUGACUAUCCAGACAAAGGACUACGAUUCUUCUCAGAGAAGGUGAGUCACCACCCAAUGGUUGUUGCUUGUCACUGCGAAGGCAGAAACUGGAGGUUUUGGGCAGAUUCCAACCUCAAAGGCAAGUUUUGGGGGCGUUCUAUUCAACUAGAUCCUGUAGGAGUGCUUACCCUACAGUUUGAUGAUGGUGAAACUUUUGAAUGGAGCAAGGUCACAACUUCUAUAUACAAUAUCAUACUGGGUAAAAUCUAUUGUGACCACUAUGGCACAAUGCGCAUUAAGGGCAGUGCAAAUUACUCAUGCAAGCUCAAAUUCAAAGAGCAAUCUAUUAUUGACAGAAACCCUCACCAGGUUCAUGGAUUUGUUCAAGAUAAUAGAACUGGGGAAAAGGUUGCGAUGUUGUUUGGGAAGUGGGAUGAGGCAAUGUACUACGUGCUGGGAGAUCCAACCACAAAGCCGAAGGGAUAUGAUCCAAUGACGGAAGCUGUUUUGCUCUGGGAAAGGGACAAAUCUAUUACUAAAACUAGAUAUAAUCUCACACCUUUUGCCAUUUCCUUAAAUGAAGUGACCCCAGGCCUAUUGGAGAAGCUGCCACCAACUGACUCCAGGUUGAGGCCAGAUCAGAGACAUUUAGAAAAUGGGGAAUAUGAGCUUGCAAAUGCAGAAAAGCUCAGACUUGAACAAUUACAAAGACAGGCAAGGAAGUUGCAAGAAAGAGGUUGGCAACCGAGAUGGUUCCGAAAGGAUGAAGAGGGUUGUUAUCGUUAUGUUGGGGGAUACUGGGAAGAGAGGGAAAAAGCCAACUGGGAAGAGAUUCCAGAUAUAUUUGGACAGACUAUUGAUUUACAUCCUUCCACAGUGGAUGAAUGAUUGACUAUUUUGCUUAGUUUCUCUGUCCCGUCGAAUUGUGAAGGCAGAGUCAAAUGUUCCAUGGAAUUGUCCAGAUAUAGAAAAUGAAGUUUCGUGAAAUUUAGUGACUCUGCAAUGUUCCAUCUGUAGAUUUAUCGCUGUGCCGUUCUUGUAGUGAAGUUUCUCAUCUCGCUUGUAAGUUGCAAUUUUAUAGAUUGCUAAUUGGUGAAGGUUAAAGCAGAAAUUUGUUUUGCUUACACAUUUUGCUUCAAUAUCUCCAGAUUCAUGAGAACUGGUUGCAAUUAAUCUAAAGGAGAUGCACAAUUACUACUA